AUGGAUUCUGAGUCUGUACCUGAUUUUGUUCUGGAGUUCACUGAUGUGAGUAAGGAAGGGGAUCAGCAAGGAGCCUUAAUGCGAAAUAACUACAAUAGUUGGAACAACUGCAAAAAUUCCAUGAGGGAGAAAAUCCAAGUAUAUAUGUCCCAACCAGCCCUUAAUUUAGCACAGCACAGCUGCCUUGCUGUCUUCAAUAUAUUCGGUGCUGUUCGAACUGGUGCUUAUAUGCUGUACAUUUUGAUGACCAAAGGCCUGAAACAGUCAGUGUGUGACCAGAGUUUUUACAUUGGACCUGUCAGCAAAUUCUGGGCAUAUGCAUUUGUGCUAAGCAAAGCACCCGAACUAGGUGAUACAAUAUUCAUUAUUCUUAGGAAACAGAAGCUCAUCUUCUUACACUGGUACCAUCACAUUACUGUGUUACUUUAUUCUUGGUAUUCCUACAAGGACAUGGUGGCUGGCGGUGGCUGGUUCAUGACCAUGAACUAUGGAGUACACGCCGUCAUGUACUCGUACUAUGCCUUGCGGGCUGCUGGCUUCAGAGUCUCACGCAAGUUUGCCAUGUUCAUCACCUUGUCGCAGAUCACUCAGAUGUUGAUCGGUUGCGUGAUCAAUUACCUGGUCUUCUCCUGGAUGCAUCACAGCCAGUGCCAUUCCCACGUGCAGAACAUCAUCUGGUCCUCUCUCAUGUACCUCAGCUACUUUGUGCUCUUCUGCCAUUUUUUCUUUGAGGCCUAUAUCGGCAAAACCAGAAAAGAAAGGAAGGUUGACUAGUGGUAGAAACAAGAAGCCAUAGCUCAGGGUCAUCAAGAAAAACAAAAUUAUAAGUUAAAAAAAAAAAAGGCACAAGGAAACACAUAUAUGUAUGGUGCAGCUAAAACUUGGCAGCUUAGGGAAAGUUAGCUUGGUUUAACCCAGUAAGUUUAUGAUCCUAUCAUGGUGAGGACUCACUGAAUUCUACUCUAUCUCAAAGGACUGCUGAUGAAAGACAACUUCCUUCUUGUACCUGUCUUCUCUAGAAAACAAAGGAGGAAAGGAAGAAGAGAAAAAAUGAA